AUGUAUUUGGGUAUACUACCUGGUGGUCAAGAAAUUGCAGCAAAGAGGCUAUGUAGGAGCUCUGGACAGGGAGUAGAGGAAUUCAAGACUGAAGUUGAACUAGUAGCCAAACUUCAACAUAGAAACCUAGUGAGGCUUCUGGGAUUCUCCGUGGAACGCGAGGAAACAAUAGUGGUCUAUGAGUAUGCGCCCAAUGGGAGCCUAGAUCGCUUGUUAUUUGAGCCCGAGCUCAGCGAACAACUGGAUUGGUCAACACGUUACAAGGUCAUGGUAGGGGUGGCGCAUGGACGGCUAUACCUUCAUGAAGAUUCUCGGCUUCGAAUAAUCCAUCGUGAUCUCAAAGCUAGCAACAUUCUGCUAGAUGCUAACAUGAAUGCAAAAAUCUCGGAUUUUGGUACAGCCCAGAUCUUUAGUGCUGAUCAGACUCAAGCAAACACUAAUAAAAUUGUUGGAACAUACGGCUACAUGUCUCCUGAGUAUUUGAUGUUUGGACACUUCUCCGUAAAAUCUGACAUCUUCAGCUACGGUGUGUUAAUGCUGGAGAUUAUAACUGGCAAAAAGAACAGCCAAUUUUUUGCAUUGGACAGCAAUGAGGACCUGCUAGGCUAUGUUUGGAAGCACUGGAACAACAGAAUGCCGUCGGAAGUAGUGGACCCAGCUUUAAGAAGUGCCUAUUCCGUGAAUGAAGUUAUCAAAUGCAUGCACAUCGGGUUGCUCUGUGUGCAAGACGAUGCGGAAGACCGACCUACCAUGGAUUCGGUUAUUCUCAUGUUGAACAGCAAUUCUAUUAAAAUCCCAGUGCCUCAAAGACCUUCAUUCUUCUUUCCUGGUAAGAAGUACCAACAGGAGCCUUGUGUUCUAGACUCAGGUCCAUCUAACAGCAAAUUGGACCAAUCCAUUAAUGAGAUAACAUCGCCGUGUUCUCCAACUGACAAUGAUCUUGCUGAUUCAGGUCCACAGUAG